AUGCGUCUUCGCUACUUCCUUCUCGUCACGACGGCCACUCUUCUCGCAACUGUCUACGCCUCUCCAAAAACCUCCAGUGUCAUGUCACCCGAAACCAACGCCACAGACGACUCGUAUACUCUGAAGCUCCAUACAGCUGCCACCAAAGAUUCGAGUAUUCGCGGUGGAAAAUUCGCACUGUCAAGUACCCAAGAUGACGAUUCAGACGACAAAGAGAAGCGUGCGGCCUGCUGGGACAGUCUUGACGCUUGCCAAAGCGGAUUCGACGAAGAAGUCGUCGUGGCUGAACGCUCUACUGGUAAGGCUUGCCAAGAAGACAUCCUGGGGCCUAAAAUCGCCACCCCAAGGAAAAGGCAACUAUCGCCACCACAUACCGAAGGUGAGGUUUGA